AUGGCUACCAAGAACGUUUUAAGGCGAGCUCUACUCUACGUCCCUGGCUCAUCCCAGCGAAUGCUUGAUAAAUCCCGAACAUUGUCCGUUGACUGUGUCGCCUACGACCUCGAAGACAGCGUCACUCCAUCGAAGAAAGUCGAGGCUCGGUCGUUAGUCCGGGCAGCUCUGGAUCAGCCGGCACCGGCAGGAAUCAAAGAGCGCGCAGUACGGAUCAACUCUGUAGGAAGCGGACUGGCGCUGGCAGAUUUGACGGAAGUGCUUAAAUCUCCCAAUCUUUCGACAUUAGUGGUUCCAAAAGUCGACUCCGCCUCGGAUCUCACAUUUAUAUCCGAUGUGGUAUCACAUACACUCUCGAGGUCCUCCUUGACAUCCCCCGAUCGCCCACCAAUAUCGAUACUUGCGCUCAUCGAAAGCGCCAAAUCAUUAAGUAACCUAUCCCAGAUAUGCACCGCCACUCCUCUCCUGUCCGGCCUCAUUUUCGCCGCCGAAGACUUCGCGCUCGAUCUAAGCAUUACGCGGACCCCGUCGUUAAAUGAGUUUCUCUACGCUCGUUCUGCAAUAGUCACGGCCGCAAGGGCGUAUGAGUUACCCUCGGCAAUCGAUCUAGUAUGUACUUCAUAUAAACAGAGUGACGGGAGUGCGCCGUCGAUUCUUGAAGAGGAGUCUAGAUCGGGUAAACGAUUAGGGUUUAAUGGGAAACAAUGCAUUCAUCCAACUCAGGUUGAGACUGUGCAGGGCAUAUUCGGUCCUGAGACUGGAGAGGUGGAGUGGGCUGUUAGAGUGGUGAUUGCGGACCAGAAAGCGGCGGAGGCUGGGAGGGGAGCGUGGACGUUAGAUGGGAAGAUGAUCGAUGUCCCGGUUGCAGAGAAGGCGAGGGCGAUUGUGAAGAAGGCUGAGUUGUGUGGGUUUGACGUUGAUGGGAUGAAAGAGAAGUGGAAGGACCAAGAGCCACAAUAG